AUGGCUUCAGCACACGGGGACUUACGGCAUCUACUGCCUGGCAAUUACAAGCGCCACAUCACUGCCUGGUUAGAGGAGGACUGUCCCAGUCUCGACUAUGGCGGUUUCGUCGUCGGCGAGUCAGAAGGUGAAGCCCGACUCCUCGGCAAGAGCAAGGGUAUCGUUGCAGGCAUUCCAUUCUUCGACGAAGUCUUCUCGCAACUAGGCUGCACGAUCGAAUGGCACAUCAAAGAAGGCGAAGCAAUCGCCCCAGUUCAACACUGCGCCACGGUCCGCGGACCAAUCCGCAAGAUCCUUCUCGGUGAACGCGUCGCCUUGAACAUCCUCGCCCGAUGCUCCGGCAUCGCCAGCAAGAGCGCCACAAUGCUAUCUGCCCUGCGCGCACAAGGGUGGCAAGGAACAUUGGCCGGCACACGCAAGACAACACCCGGAUUCCGACUCGUAGAGAAAUACGGCAUGUUGGCCGGUGGUGCUGAUCCUCACCGUCACGAUCUGAGCUCCAUGACCAUGUUGAAGGAUAAUCACGUCUGGGCCUGUGCGAACAACCGCGCCGCUGCGGACGGGGGUGUUGCAGAUCCCUCAUCGAUUGAGUCGAUUGCGGCUGCCAUCCCGCGUGCGGUGCAGGCUGCCAAGGCGACGGGGGGAUUCUCGACGAAGGUUGAGGUGGAGUGUCGGAGUGUUGAGGAGGCCAAUGCGGCGAUUGGGGCGGGGGCGGAUGUUAUUAUGUUGGAUAACUUUACGCCGGAGGGGGUGCGGGCCGCUGCAAAGCAGCUUAAGUCUGAGUGGGCUUCCAAGAAGGCCUUCUUGAUUGAGGUGAGUGGAGGAUUGACGGAAGAGAAUGCGCCGUCGUACGUCUGCGAGGAUGUGGAUAUCCUUUCAACGAGCUCGAUUCACCAGGGGACCGGCAUUGUGGAUUUCUCUCUCAAGGUUUCCUUGCGCUAG